UGUGUUCCCUGGUUUCAAAAGACCGAGGAGAGGAAGCUUAUUUUGAAAUCCCCAACAGGAAAUGUGGCUUGUUUUGGCUGAGGCAGAGCCGUCCACCUGCUGCAGCAGAGCUGGAGCAGCAUUGAUUCGCUGCCAGAGGAAAAAUACCUGAUAACUGAAUUUACUGGAGCCCUGCUCCCUGUGGCUGGAGUGGGAUAUAAACACUGCUCUACUUUAAAUACGUCGCGCGUUUCGGCUCCAGAAUGAUUUCUUUACUGACAGCACAAAGACUGGACGUGUGUGAAGGGCACAGUGACUCGAUUCCUGUGCUGAUUUUUUUUUAAUUGAAGAGCAGAAAUUGGACCGCAGGUUCAUCGGCGGACAUUUCUGUUAGAGGCAGCGAUCCUUCAUGCCCACUCUGUCAGAUGAUGGAGGCUGGCCUGUAGGGUUCUAAUUCCACAACGUCCUGGGGUGGGCGGACAGGGACUUGGCUGGAAUUUCGCCAAAAUUAAGACGAGAAUCAAGUACAGUUCACUGUCUCCCGCUACCGGGGGAGACCACCGGCCGCUCGUUAUGUCCCGCACAAAGGAGCGGCUGAAAGCCGAGAGAGAGACCAAGGAGAGCGUCACUCUGCUGCCGUGCUUUUAUUUUGUUGAGCUCCCUAUCCUGGCCUCCUCUGUUGUCAGUCUUUAUUUUCUGGAGCUGACCGAUAUUUUCCAACCGGUGCAUUCUGGGUACAGUUGUAAUGACCGCAGCCUGUCGUUGCCCUACAUCCUGCCCAGACAGGAAGUCUGCCCACUCCCUUUACUCUUCAGCUUGGCAUUUGCAGCUCCAACAGUCACAAUCCUGAUAGGAGAAGCCAUCCUGUACUGCUAUCUGUCCAGGAGGUCAUCAACCGCUCAGACUGAGGCCAACAUCAAUGCUGCAGGAUGUAAUUUCAACUCCUACAUUCGCAGAGCUGUCCGUUUUAUAGGCGUCCACAUCUUCGGCCUGUGUGUGACAGCACUAAUAACAGACAUCCUUCAACUGUCCACUGGGCAACAUACACCCUACUGGUUGGAUGUGUGCAAACCCAAUUUGACCCACAUUAACAUGUCCAGCUGUGAUGAAGCUUUUAUUCUGGAGGAUAUCUGCUCUGGACAAGACGUAGGACUCAUCAACGCUGGGAGAAAGUCUUUCCCUUCCCAACAUGCUACACUGGCUGCCUUUGCUGCUGUCUACAUCUCUAUGUACUUCAACACAGUGCUGACAGACUCAGCCAAGCUGCUGAAGCCUCUGCUGGUCUUCUCUUUUGUCAUGCUGGCCAUCCUGGCUGGAUUAACUCGGAUUAUUCAGUUCAGAAACCACCCUGUGGAUGUAUACUGUGGCUGGUUACUGGGAGCUGCCAUCGCCGUUUACCUGGGGGUAAACGCCGUAAGCAACUUCAAGCCAAGUGAAGAUCGCUCCAAAAGUCGACUGAAUGUCCCCAUUCUUAGAGAGCCACCCCUCUCGUCCCUCCCCAAUGUCAGCCAAUCAGCAGUUAGCAAAAGUCACCAAGGCCACCACACUCUGGCCCCCAGCCCACCAAAGCCCAUCAUUACAAGGACAUCGUCCCACACAUUGGCCCCUGACCAUCCAGUACCCAUCCUGACACGUAGCUCCUCCUAUCGAGAGCCAUCUAUGAGCAAUCUGAAGAGAGCUAGUGCUGACGUGGAGGUGAUCACUCAGUCCAGUCCACCAGGAAACCGUGACAACAUGAUGACUUUCAGCAGCAGCACACUACCAAGGUCCCAUGGAGGCUCUUCAGUGGAGGAGGGCCGUAUUCCACGGCGUCAUGCCUCCAUCCACACCUCCAUGGACUCCACUCGAUCAAAACAAUUGCUAAGCCAGUGGAAGAACAAGAAUGAUAACAGGAAGCUUUCCAUGCAGGCAAUGGAUGGAAUAAGACCACUCCCUUCUUCUUCUCCUCAGAGGAAUAUGGAAUUCCGCUGCUCUUCUGAGCCAUCUGCUAUGGGCCUGGAGGCAGAGCUCCGGGGUGGAGCACACAUGCCUCCAUCAUCCGGCCAGGAAGUGGAGAUGCGUGCUGGAGCCCACAUCCCGGCACAGUACAUGAAACUCGCAGCCAGCUCUGUCCCUAUUAGCAAUCAUAAUCACCUGUCACAUAAUGGCAACACUGGGAUGGCUGGUGGGGCCAGAGUUUCCAUCCAGCCUCGCCCAGGCUCCUCUCAGCUGGUUCACAUUCCUGAGGAGGAAAAUCUUAACAGCAAGGAUCAGGAGAGUGAAUCAGAGGACAGCAUGAUGGACGGUGGUGGGUCAGUGAGAGAAAAAUGGCUUAGAGUGGCUGAGAAGACCACUCUUCCUUGCAGACCCCUCAGUGCUGGAGGACAGCCUCGUCUAAUGCAGGUCAUAGCCUUGUCCAAACAGCAAGGUCUCCUUCACUCUCCUCGGUCUGAGGACGGUGGAUCUAUUCGGUACAGAGCACUGACAGACCAAGAUCCAUCUCCACCGGCCUCUACCACUGGGGCAAUAGGAGUUGGAGGAGGAGGUGGUUUGGAAAGAAGUGGCAGUAUAGUUCGAGUAGACGCUCACCCAGAAUCCAGACAAAGACCUGUGGUGAAACCUCCAAGCAAUGAUGGCAGUGGCUCAUGGCGAUGGAAACCACCUGAACAAAGAGCAUCCUUGCGACAGUCAACUUUUGCCCUCAAUGACCUGAACAGACACACAGACAGCUGUGAUUCUCUGAGGGAUGGUGGCUCAGUGGAUGGAAGGAGGAGUGUGACAGGGACAGAAUCAGAGAGCGAAGUUGGGGGGAAUGGAGGAGGAGGAGGGGGUGCAGGAGGAGGAGUCACAUACACCAACCAUCCACGUGUGGUGCACCCUUUAUACCCCCUACACCCAAAUAAUCCCAACAAUUUCCAGCACCACAAUUUUAACCCCAACAAUCCCAGUAAUCCAAACUUUAACAAUGUUCAUCCUAAUUUUAACCCCAGCUCUACCAACUCCAACAUGUCUUUUUCUUCCACUGUCACCUUUGCUCCUCCCUUUCACCCUCACCCCCAAGCAGUUACUACUAUUAGGGUCACACCUGUUGAGGCAACAGCUGCAAGCAGUGACGGUGGUUCAGACUGCCAGUCAGUGGCCUCGUCCAGCCGUGAGUCCACUCUUAGAAGAAAGGGCAGCACCAACAUCAUCCAUGUCCAAGAUCGAGGGCCCACCCCUGAUAGCCACAACAAUCACCACCCCAAUGAUGACAGCAACCGGCUUGACAAUGAGAGCAGCAACCGUUUCCAUGAAAACCUUCGAAAUUUCCAAGAAAAUCCAAUUCAACCUAAUUUCCCUAACAGGCAGAUGCAGGCCGUGUUUGGUCGUCCAAGCCCAACUCCUCCCCCUACUCUGCCGCGCCCCCUCCUGAGUCACACUCCACCUCCUACUCUGGGCCUGGCCUAUAAGGAAUGAGUCAUCCAUCUGUACUUAUGCUAAAAAUAUUUGAGUUUGAGAUCGCUGUUAGGACCAAGAGGAAGAAUGUGGAAUAAUAUCUAUCCACCCUCCAGGACCAGUUCACAGGGAAAGGCUGGAAUUUUUUUGUAUUUCCGACAACAGUGAAUAUUCAACCUCUGUUCCAACCAACGGCAUCAGUUGUGAAUUUUAUGGACUGGGCUCUCUGUGUAAGAGUUUGAGUCCAUUUUUCCAAUGUCAUUGUUAUUACAUUUUGUAUUUUUUAAAUCAAAACCUACUACUAGACAGACUAAGUAACUCUUGAAAUAAUGACUUCAACACCACAGGGACAUUGAGCUAGAUGACCCGAGGACCACUUCACUCAUCCCAUAAAGAAAAUGGUAAUGUUUUAGGGGUCUCACAAGACUUGAUUUAAUCUCAAGACUGCUGUCCUCCUUUUUCAACUGCAAGAUCCAUGAUUGCAUUAAGAAACGAUAAUUACAGGUUUCACAGUUUUUACACUGUCACUAAACAACCCAACAACACAAGAAGCAAAGUGAGGACAUGAUCUUUGACGAAUACUUACAAUAUAAGACCAUCCCUGUGAUGUUUUUGUAUAUAAUGUCAGCUCGCAGCCCCAAAGGAAUCAAACAACCAAUCUUAAAUAUAAGCGGCUCACAUUGCUGAGUCCGGUCAGAGCAGUAACAGUAUCUUAUAGGUGACUGUGGUAUUGUGUUUGUGGAGGCAAUGAUCAAUAUCAUGAGUUGCAUAUUGUGUUAAAUAUAUAGUAAAAUAUGCUGUCUUUAUUUUA